UUAUUUCCUUUUUUUCUUCACCGCCGCAACUUCCCAGCGUUGGCCUCAAGCUUCCAUGGCUGGUCAUCGGACAUCGGAGCCAAUCAACCUUCAGACAGAUCGAUCAGAGUCUCAUGUCGCAGACCCGUUGGCGAUAACUCUUCUGGUCCGGCAUCUUCCUGAUGGAAUUCCUCAUGAUAUCGUUUCUCGCCUUCUCUCCCAGUAUGGAGCUUCUUCUGUUCGUCCUUGUUCCGGGGGAAGGUUGAGAAACUGUGCAUUCGUGGAUUUCAAAAAUGAAGCAAUAGCCUCUCAAGCACAUCGUCAGUUAAACGGGCUGAGGUUUCUCGGAAAGGUUCUACAGGUGCAGAGGGCCAAUAAGCGAAACGAUAAUAAGAAGUCAUGUCAAAUUGAAGAAUCUGGGAAAGACGGACAGGAGUACUUGUCUACGAAUAAGGAAAAUGCUUUUACGAAAGAUAGCAAUGAUGAUCCCAACUCCAGGGCCACACUGUCUAAUGAACCGAUUGCUCCAAAACACGGCAUAAACUAUCCAUUUCCUCCUCACCUCGAAUAUGCAUACCCUCCACCUGAUCCAAAUAUUUUGGCGAACAUCACUAAUGCGCUUAUUGCUGUUCCACGCCUAUACACCCAGGUAUUACAUCUGAUGAACAAAAUGAAUCUUCCACCUCCUUUCCGUAUGGCCCUGCCGACACCACCGCUACCUUCUCCAGUAUCAGCGACAGCAGCUCAGCCACCUCUACCUCCAUUGCCUAUGGAUGUGAAACUUACUAUGGAGCAUCAGUCUAGCAGUGAGUCGGAGAUGGAAUCUGAUGAGGAAAUUAGUAUGGCUAAAUCAGGAAGAAAGCGUCCUAGACCUGAAGCUGUCAUUGGUCCUGGUAUAGAUAAAGACGUGGCACAUGAGACUGUUGGAGUGAAGCCCUCAACCUUGACACCCAAAGAGAUCCCUGUGAUAAAAAAGAAUAAACCUGUUAUGCAGAUCAAGAUUACGCCAAAGGUUGCUCAAAGCGAGCAUAAAGAGGAUAAUGAAGACGAAAGCCCUGUGGAGGAGCCCAAUAAGGAGGAUUUGGAGUGCAAGUCUUUUGCAGCUCCAGAGGAUUUGGAGAAAGGAAGGUUACCUCCAGAGGAAAUUCUAUCACUUCCAAUGUUCAAGAACUACACAGCGGGGAAUCCUGCCCCUGUCUUGUACAUCAAAAACCUUGCCAAAGAUGUUGUUCCUGAUGAUUUCUAUUACAUAUUUGGGUCACUGUUUGGAAGCAUAGACAAAGCGAAAUCCAGUCUUGGUGUGCGGCUGAUGCAGGAGGGAAGAAUGAGAGGGCAAGCCUUCGUAACGUUUCCAUCGGUGGAACUCGCCCAUCAUGCUCUGAAUCUCGUGAAUGGUUUCAUGUUCAAGAACAAGCCGAUGAUAAUCCAAUUCGGUAGGAAUCCAGGAACUGUAAAGGCACAACAGUGAAGAGCAGAGGCUUCUUCAUCUAACUUAGGGACUUGGGAUGAAAAUAUGCGGAAUUCGUUUCUUUGGAUGUGUUUUUUUUUUCCAUGGAUGAAACCGUAUUUCAUGUCCUAACUCUAUCUCCUAUGUUGUUGGAACUGUAUUGUGGGCAAUGGAUGAAAUAUCUGGUCUGGUAAGUUACAUAACUUACAUUGCUUUUAUUGUACGGAAUCAGUUUUCAGUAUGAAGUAAAAGGUUACAAAGAGUCUUCA